AUGUUUAGACAGGUAUCUGUACGGGCAUUGAGGAGAGCGGCAGGGCGCUCUGUGUGUGCUUCGCGCGCCCAGAUGGUGCGUCACAGCUCGACGUUGGGCGGCGGGAAGGGCAGCUACAACCUGGACAUGCCGGCGUUGGCGCUCGCAGCGGGUGUCACAUUACUCGCGGGCUACAUGGUGUACCCGCGUGCGCCGAAGGCCAAGCAGGCGGCGGUGCAGUCGGUCGCGCCGGUAAACGAGAAUGUGGAGCAAGCGUCGGCGUCCCUGCAGGCGUCGGCGCCCGUGCAGGCGACGUCGGAGAGCGCGGAGGCCGGGGAGGAGGAAGCGUACGGCGAGGAGAGCGGCGCGGUGAACGAGGAGGCGGCGGGUGAGCCGGAGGAGGCGGCGGCCGAGGUGGGCGAGACGCAGGCGGAGCAGGCGCCGGCGGUCGAGACGGAGCAGGCGGCCGAGGCGGAGCAGGCGGCCGAGGCCGCCGCGGAGGACAAAGCUAGCGCGGGUGAGGCUGCGCAGGGGCAGCAGGGAGCAUACAAUCCCGACACGGGCGAGAUCAACUGGGACUGCCCAUGCCUGGGCGGCAUGGCGCACGGGCCGUGCGGCGAGGAGUUCAAGGCUGCGUUCGCGUGCUUCGUGUACUCAGAGGCCGAGCCUAAGGGGAUUGACUGCGUGGAGAAGUUCCAGGUGAUGCAGGACUGCUUCCGGCAGCACCCCGAGCACUACGCGGAGCAGCUGGAGAGCGAGGAGCAGGCCGUGCGCGAGACGGAGGCCGCGGCCGAGAGCGCGAAAAGCGACGAGGGCCACUGA